UGACGGUUUCCUGGCAACGAGAAAACACACUACCACACGAGCAUCCCAGGCAAAAUACAACUUUAAUUACAUUAUUUUUUUAAGUAACUUUUUUUACUGUUUGUGGUUAAGAGCAAACAAUGAUAAUAGAGAAGCUAAAUGUACAUUGUGACAGACUGCUGUCACAUCAUCAGCUUGCUUGCUGUCGCAAUUAUUGCGGAAUACCGAUGCGGGGCAAAGAAGUGUUUGUUUACAAUAACGACCCCAAGGGCCUGGAGCCCACACUGUUAACUGGGCACCAUGGAGAGAUCAGCUGCAUGACCUUUGGGAAAAAAAGUAGACCUCUGCUUCUGUGCUCUGCCUCUGCUGAUUAUAUUAUUGUCUGGAAUAUUGAAUAUUGCCAGAAAAGACUGAGAGACGGUAAAGUUGCAGUUGGAACAGUGAUUGGUACUUCAGUGGGUGAUGUUGUCCAUUUGUCUUUCUGUUUCACUGAUGAGACAGUGGCUGCAUGUUCGGGAGCCACUGUUUAUAUUCUCUGUGUGAUGAAACAGGAAGUUAUUCAUACCUUGACAGGGCAUCUGGGACCUUUGAUAUCAGCUGAGUUUUGUCCUUGGAAUAAAAACCUUCUUGUCACCACAUCAGAGGACCGCACCUUUAAGGUUUGGGAUUUAAAAACGGGAGUUGUGUGGUACCAGUCCUUUGUGCUUUCCGCCUCUCUACUGCUCUGUACUCUGUUCUUGGAGGGAACUCAGAGCCUUAUUGCUGGUUCAGCGGAUGGCCAAGUCUGGUGCUUUUCUGUUCAUGAUGAGCAUAAGUGUCGACUAGUGACCAAAAUGGACCUUCAAAAAAUGGAAAAAAGACACAGAAUGCUCCAAGACACUAUAAGCCAUCAAGCAGAGACAACUGAUCGGUCAUCUGAAGUGACCACUGCAAAACCAGUUCUCACAAUGGCACCGUGGCCCUUGUUUACUAUCCACAGUGAUGAGCAGCAGAUGAACGACACCAGCUGGUUAUGUAUUGGAAGCUCUGAUGGUCUUUACGUGGUGGAUCUGGAUGUUUCAGAGCUCAUCACAGUGCUGUAUUUUAAAGAUUACACAGACCUGAGCGUCACCAUGGCCGGGUCGUGUUCAGUGGCUCCAGGAUCGGAAAACUCUAUGUUGCUUUUAGUGACCUCCAUGUUCACGUCAAGUGUAGCACUGUUGGAGUUGGAUCUCUGUGACAUUGGGAGGAAGGCGUCUGGUGGUGAAGUCUUCUCAGUGUUCCCCAGUUCCCCUCCACUCCCUGGAUCUCCCCUCAAUGCUCAGUUAAAGAAGAAGAAGGAAACCAUUGUUCCUAAAAAGAAAGGAACAAAAGAGCGGCCUCUGAUUUUCCACUCCAAAGUGAAGUCAUCUGGAUACACUGCUGCCCCGCGUACAACUAUGUUCUUACCUAAAAUAAACAACCCGAAGACCCUGUCCUGCAAAAAGGCCAAGAAAAACAUAGGUUCACUUCUCCGAGACUAUCCAGUCGACAUUGCAGCACCGACUACUCCACGUACUCAUCUAAGUGCUGCCAACAAACCAGUUUACUGCCUUCAGUAUUCAGGUGACGGAAAGCAAAUCCUGUGUGGUCUUGGUGACAACUCUGUGUCAUUGUACAAAUCUUCACUUAAUGGCAACCCUGCUGUCUUUACAGGGCACGACAGGCCAGUGAGCAGCGUCAGCUGGAGCCUGAACAGACAGUGGUGGUUGAGUGCAUCAGAAGACCACUCACUACGCAUCUGGACCCAAGGCAGGUCAGAGCCUGCCAUUAUCAUGGGCAACAGUUUAUUCCCUAAACCCAUCAGAGGAGCUCAGUUUUACUAUCUCGACAAAUUCCUGCUUUUUGCUUCUGGGCCAUCCUUAUACCUGUACCUUUAUCAUGUGGACGACACAAUGGAUGACAUCAAGAGAUAUCAGCAGAGGAGUAGAGUGGAAAUGGCUGGCAGCUUUACAGCAGCAUCAAUGACCGACAUCACAGCCCUGUCUGCAGUUAAUGAUUUCCUCUCUCACAUCGUCCUGCUGUGCACUUCAGAUCGAUCUCUUCAGGUAUUUGACAUGAACAAAAGUACGUUCGUCUCACGAAUACAUAACGCCCACAGCAGAGCUGCCCACUGCAUCGAACAGAACAAGGGCUCCAUGUUCAGCACACAAGCGCCGGAUUCGUACAACCUCUUUCUCACCAGUGCAGUCACUGAUGGUGUAAAGCUUUGGGACCUGCGGACACUGAGAUGUGUCCGUCGUUACCAGAACCACAUCAACCGCUGCCAUCCGUGUUCCUCAGCGAUCUCGCCAUGUGGACGGUAUAUGGCCUCAGGCUCUGAAGACGGCUGUGUGUACGUCUACGACAUCCGUAGCAGCAGCUGCCUCCAUAAACUUCAGAAACGCACAGACACGGUGCUCAGUGUGACCUUUAACCCUGCCUCACCACAGCUGCUGACUGGGAGCCUGGAUGGGAAGUUGACACUGUUUGAACCCUAAAACAGUGGGACAUGACAUACUCAGACACCUGCGUGGCUAUGUGUAGCACUGGACACCUAGCAGCAUACAGUCAUCGGUAUACGAUAAUACAGUUACUGUGAAGGAGUUAUUUAAGAAUUGACAACAAUUUGGUUAUUAAAAGAAGAAACACAUGGACCAUUAGGACAAAGCUUUUCCUCUGUGAUGCUGAACCACCGUGACCACUGUGCUAGAUUCAGAGGUUUGUACACACAUCUGUCUAAAACAGGCGUGGGCAAACUUUUUGACUCAUGGACCACAAUCGGGUCUAAAUUUUCACAGGGGGGCCGGGUCAGGAGCAGAUAGAUGUGUUCGUGUGAACUCAGAUCAAUAACAUAUGACAAAAGUCAUACAUAAAGGCUAAAAUGCUAAAAUACAUUUAUUGUGUUCUGCGCCCUCUAUUGGGGAAACAUGGGUAUUGCAGGAAAAAGGCAGAAGUAUAAUGACAAUAUAAAGAAAUUAUAUAAUUUGGAAAGGUUUGGUGGGCCGGGUUAAAAAGCUGUAUGGGCCACAUCCAGCCCCCAAGCCUUAGUUUGCACAUGAUUGAUCAAUAUUUUCCCUGUGGUUUUUACUUAUCGAUCUAUCGUGCCUCCUUACAACCAAUCAAUGCACAAUGAUGUCACGUACAACGUUAAUAAUGAAUGCGCUGCAUCAGGAUCUGUGCCUAUUGUAUGAACAGAUUCUGAAGCGUUACUAAAUCAAAAUGUCCUGAGCUACAUCACGGUGUAAAUUGGGUGUGUGGGUUAAAUUUCCAAAUGGUAUGAGGAUUUUAGUCCACUGCCACUUUGAUAUUACAUUUUAAAUCUGACACAAAUGGUUAAACGUUUCAUUAUUAUGUGGUCACAGCAAUUUUUUUUUUUUUUCGGAUAUCCAAGGACAAUUGUGGUUUAAAUGACCUUCCACUUCAGUGUGAGAAUCAUUACCAUAAUGUAGCUGUUAGCAGGAAAUUACACAACAUAUUUCCUGGAAAACACUUGCAGCUGAUGCAUAUAAUGUAUGACCGGGAGGAACAUACAGUAUACCAUAACUCGUUCACUUUGUCACUCCAUAUAAAUCUUACUUCACAGAUCAGUCCACAAGCAAUGACUUCAACUGGGUGCAACCUGUUUGGCUGCCAAACACACAGACACGCUUCUACUGUCCGUGUGAAACGCCCGGUCUUAUUGUCUUAGCUGUAAAACGACUGUUCUCUCAUCUGUUAUAACAAAUGUCACUUUGAACUCUUCUGUUUCUGUCUGUAAAUAAACAAAGAUUGAUAAAGUCUGAUUUUUAAGUCCAUGUUGAUUAUCAUGUAAUCGGUUCUCUGUAGCUUUUACAGAACAUUAUUUUUUUGUGAUCGGUUUUAUGUGGCUGAUAUAAUUACAGUAGCACUCAAAUCAGAUUCAUCUCAAACUGAAGAGGCAGUAAAAAAAAAUUAAUAGUUAAUUUUCACAGCUAAUAAACUCUUUCACCUCUGGCGAAUCUCAACGCCAUUCAGUUUGUUAAUGCCGUCAGAAAUUGGAUUGAAGUCACUGUCUUCACAGUUUAUGGAGUCACUGAGGGAACCACAUGCUGAUCAUAAAACAAAGAUCAUUCUCUGUGUUAACUGGUAUUAGAAGGAGGCUGGUUCUUUCCUUCAGGAGUCUGUGGUCGUUCAUAUUAGGUUGACAUGUUGACGUUUACCUCAGUAUUUGUAAUAAAAGUCACUCACUGGUUGUUUUCUUUGAUGUAAUGUUUUUACGAUUUAAACCAUUUUGUUUAUUUAAUUCUCUCUAAAUUGAUCUCCUGUCAAAGCUGUAAUUAUUAAACUGAAUAAAGUUUCAAACGUCACUCGGCUCCUGCCCUAAGAUUAUCUCUAUCGACACACACACAAAAUAGUUUGUAGUAGUAGUAUUAAUAGUAGUUUGCAGUUUCUGGUAGCAGAACAACUGGAUUCACGGCUACAAAGAUUCAGAAAACUAUGCGUCGGUCGGUUAGUAAACAGGCGUCUGUCGUCAGUGUGAGGUAGUUUCGAGACCGCUCCCUGCAUUGAUCUCACCAGAGAAGAAUGACGUGUUUAUGCUUAGAAGUGAUCUCAACAAUAGCCACACCCGCCCAUCUUCACCACACAGUCUGGUCCAGAGUUUGAUAUUUUCUACAUUUUUUAUCAUUUAAUUUGUCAGAAGGAACAUCUUGUCUCUAGCUCUACUGAGAACUGGGUCACUGGACGGACAACAGCGCAGAACAGAGCAGCGAGUCACCAUUUGGGAAGACGAAGUUCAGAACAAGCUAGACGUGUUUUUUUUUUUUUUUUUUUUGUUUUUUCAGUGUCAUUUCAACUCAAAAACAGUAAAGAGCCAUGACAGAUAAGCAGCUUACUGGUUCUACGCCUGAGUUAAAAAAAUCAUCCAAAGAAAACCAAAAUAUAAAUCCUGAGACACAUGCACUUUAAUAAUCCCCUGAAGACCUCGGAGGAGCUCUGCUUUUUGUUUUCAUAAACUCAGUGAUACUCAAAGUCAAGGGAAGGGGGGAAGGGUAUUUGUGCAUAUGUCAAAAACUGCUGUUCUAACAGAGUGAUACUUGGAGGUCUUUAAAUUUGCACAGAGAUGUUGGUUGUUAGUUCGCCAGCUGCCGUGUGUACUUUAGGUUUGCUAUUCUUUUACAGGAAGAGUCCCUGAAAGUGAGCAUAGAUGAUUCAAAGGCGUCGGAUUUUAGGAUAAUUAAGGGAUUAUGCAUAAAGAAAGUGAGUCGAACAUCAGUUUGUGAAAAGUACUGUAUUAAUUCUAUGCAUUCAGCUGUGUGAGGAGUCCAGUGAGUCCAGCUCACAUACAUCACAUGUGGAAACAGCAUAAGCACAAAGGUGAGAAACGGUCUCCCUGCUGCUUCGCAGCUGUGACGACUAAUUAGCCACAGAGUCCAGUCGUUGGCCAGUCAACAUGAACCGGGCAA